AGCUUCCAGAGCUCCGAAGGGAGGACCCCGGGCCCCCUGAUAUCAGGUAUGUAUCUGAUGGUUUUUUUCAUUUAAAUUAUUAUCGUGUGUCGAGCCUGCGCACGCCGGAUUGUCACCAACUGCCACCCCCGUCACCACAACUUCGACAUCCCGACAACCUCUGGUCUAACUUCCGGUUGUUGUCAACCCAAGGUUCAAUCGAUACCCGCCAGCAUCGAAUGUCAUCCCGCACCGCGCAUGCCGAGACAUGACUGUGGCGAGCAUCCGACCGCUCAGAGUGCGGGCUCUGACGAGCUCGAUUUGGCCGAGCGCGCACGCGGCCGGUCGGGUCUGGCCCGGUCCGCGAACGCCGACACAGGUCCGCCGCAAGUCGGGUCCGUACGGAUACACUCAAGCCAAGUCGCUUGUCUUCAGCGAGCAUGGCGAGCCGAAAGAUGUGCUCAAACUUCACACACAUUCCAUCUCCCCCGAGCUCCCCUCCGAGAGCGUGUUCCUACGCACCCUCGCCGCGCCUAUCAACCCGGCCGACGUGAAUCUAAUCCAGGGCACCUACGGCGUAAAGCCGACCUUCAGCUCGCUGAUCGGCACCGCCUCGCCCUCCGCUAUCCCUGGCAACGAGGGUGUCUUCGAGGUUGUCGCCACCUCCGUCCCAGACCGCUUUGCCCGCGGUGACUGGGUCAUCCCUGCCCGCACAGGUUUCGGCACCUGGCGCACGCACGCGGUCGCGUCCGCCGACGACGUCAUGCCCAUCCGCAAGGACGGGCUCACGCUGCUGCAGGCCGCCACCGUCAGCGUCAACCCCUGCUCCGCGUACCGCAUGUUGCGCGACUUCGUCACGGACCCGCCGCUUCGCGAGGGCGACUGGUUCGCCCAGAACGGCGCCAACAGCGGCGUCGGCCGCGCCGCCAUCCAGCUCGGCGCCCUCUGGGGCUACCGCAGCGUCAACGUGAUCCGCGCGCGCGCCAGCCCGGCCGCGACCAAGGCCCUCAAGGACGAGCUCACCGCCCUCGGCGCCACCCUCGUCGUCACCGAGGAAGAGUUCGAGGCGCGGACGUUCCGCAAGGAGCUCGCCGGCCGGACCAGGGGCUCGCGCGAGGCCGUGCGCCUCGGGCUCAACUGCGUCGGCGGCCCGUCGGCGCGGACCCUCGCGCGCUCCCUCGGCACCGGCGCCACUCUCGUCACCUACGGCGGCAUGUCGCGCGAGCCGCUGACCCUGCCGGUCGGCUCGCUCAUCUUCCACGACCUGCGCGUCGUCGGAUUCUGGCUCAGCCGCUGGGCCGACCGCGACCCGGCCGCGCGCCGCCGCACCGUCGACGAGAUCCUCGACCUCGCGCGCGCCGGCCGCUUCCACUUCGCCCCCGCCGAAAAGAUCCCCUGGUCCUGGGACACCGCGCUCGAGUCUCUGACCGCUGCUGUACAGGGAACCCUCGAGGGCUACCGCGCCGGGAAGGGCUUAUUCAUAUUCGGGGACACGUGAGCAAAGGUGACAAAAAACCGGGGAAGGCGGGGUUAGGGGGCAUGUGACGGGCAGAAGAGAGUAUGUUAAAAAUAGGAAGAGUGACGAGGUCUUCCAUACAUUUGUUACUACUCCAGACAAGGCUUCGACGCAUCGAGCUCCUCUGCUAUAUCGUCUAAGCGGGCAGAUAUUGUAUAUUGUAGGUACCCAGUGCCUACAAACCAAAUACGGUGCUGAAUGGCAGG